UGGCUUUUAUGUUUAGAGUUUURAGAAAUGGAUGGUUUCAAGAAAACUAGAAAAACUAAUGCAGAAAACUGCACACAAAUGUUUACUGUCCCAACUUUUUAGAGUGUUUUGAAGGUCUGCAGUCACCAGAUUACUAUAUAAAAAGUGUUCUCAAACAUAAAAAAACAAACAGGAAACACACCUGCUACGAUGUAAUUGUGUCUCUUCAGGUUCGGUGCUCCUAAAAUGAUCGUGUGCACCCAGAGUCCUGACUACUGUGAUGAGGUGACGAAGCUGCUGUGUGAGAGGUGGAACCUGGUGCACAAAGUUGCUCCUCUGGAUCAGCCUCACCUCAACCCGCUGCACGACAGCACCAGCCCCCUGCUGAAGGAGGCCGUGGUGCAGAUGGUGGCAGAGAAGCAGGCGGAAUGGGACGAUUUUCUGGACCCUGCACUCUUUCUGUUCCGCACCUCCACCAACCCCACCACCAAGUUCAGCCCUUACUCACUCAUGUUUAACAGGAAGGCCACUUUACCAAAUAAGACUUCAGUGAACCUGCAGAUUAACGACGAGGCAGAGCAGGACAUGUUGUCCACCAUGGAACAGGCUUCUACAUAUAUGGCCAUAAUGCAGGAACAACAGAAUGCUGUGAAAUCGCUG